AUGAUUGACAUUCAAACAUCAUUAAGAAAAUCAACAAUACAAAUCGAAGAAUUUAAACGUGAAAUUCAACGUUCAAAAUUAACUGACAAAGAAAUUCAUAUACUUGAUGAAAAUACACCAAUGUAUUGUUCAAUUGGACGAAUGUUCGUUUUAAAUAAUAAAUCUGAUAUUCGUGAACAAAUUGAAAAUAAAAUAAAAUCAUGUGAAAAUGAUAUAAAAAAACAAGAAGGAACGAAAACAUAUUUAGAAAAACAAAUGCGUGAAUGUGAAUCUCAAUUUAAAGAAAAACUUGUUGUAGGAGGAAAAGCAAUACGUUCUUAA